GGCCGGUGCACAAGGGGAGCGCGACGAAGGCUCGCGCUCGCCGCACCGACGACAACAACCACCGCGCGGUGCAAAGCAGAAAGGGACCGCCGGCAUGCAGUUCGUGUCCGUGGAUGUGGGCACGCAGAGCGUCCGCGCCGCUCUCGUCAACGAGAAAGGACGCUUCCUGAAGACCGCGUCGCGACCGCUGGAGACGUGGAACCCGCUGCCGGAGUUUUACCAGCAGUCGUCGGACCAGAUUUGGAAGGCCUGCUGCGAAGCCGUCAAGGAGGUGUGCCGGGAGGCCAAGGACGUGCGUGGAAUCGGCUUCGACGCCACCUGCUCCCUCGUGCUCCUGGAUGACACCGGUCGACCACUCACCGUCAGCCUGAAAGGUGAACCAAAGCAAAAUGUAGUGCUAUGGAUGGACCACCGUGCCGUGUCGCAGGCCGAGGCCAUCAGUGCGACGGGACAUUCCGUGCUGCGGUUUGUCGGGGGAACCAUGUCACCCGAGAUGCAGCCGCCAAAACUUCUGUGGCUUAAACAGAACCUGCCUUCCACGUGGGAACGACUGGGUCUUGCCUUGGACCUGCCCGACUUCCUGACGUGGCGUGCUACGGGCUGUGCAUCACGCUCCUUAUGUUCCACAGUGUGCAAGUGGACCUAUCAGGCUGGCUCGGCGCCAGGUUCGGACAUGGAGCCCGGCUGGCAGGAAUCAUUCUGGAUUCGCAUCGGCCUUGAGGACUUGACAAAGGACAACUAUCGCAUCAUAGGGCAGGAGUUCUGGCCUCCGGGUGCCCCUUGUGGCCGUGGCCUAAGUAUGGAGGCCGGCUUGCAGCUGGGCCUCAAGAAAGGCACACCCGUCGCCACCUCAAUAAUUGAUGCACAUGCCGGAGGCCUCGGUUUGCUUGGCUGUGAAGCUGAAGGUGAAUUCUGCAAAUCAUUCUCCCGCCGCCUGGCCAUCAUUGCCGGAACAUCCACGUGCCACAUGCUGGCGAACGAGAACUGUAUCUUCACUCCAGGCGUGUGGGGCCCCUAUUUCUCGGCCAUGGUUCCAGGCAUGUGGCUCAGCGAAGCCGGGCAGAGCGCUGCUGGAGCACUGGUAGACCAUGUGAUUUCGACGCACCCUGCAUACCCGCUGAUACAAGCAAAAACGAAGCCGGGCCGGAGGCCAGAGGACACACUGAACGCAUUGCUACUGAGCAUGUGCGAGCGACGUGGCCUCGAUUCUCCGUCACAGCUCGUGGCUGACCUCCACGUAUGGCCCGACUUCCACGGGAACAGGUCACCAGUCGCGGACCCGAAUCUACGUGGCAUGAUAAGCGGACUGACGCUGUCAGCUGGUGAAGAAGACCUAGCGAAGCUUUACUUGGCUACUCUGCAAGCAUUGGCGUACGGAACGCGCCACAUCAUGGACUCAUUGGCCGACACGGGUCACUCUGUUUCUAGUCUCCUCAUGUGUGGCGGGAUGGCCAAGAACCCCCUGUACGUGGAGCUGCAUGCUGAUGCCACAGGAAUGCCGGUGCUGCUGCCUUCGGAGACUGAAUCGGUUCUACUCGGUGGGGCCAUCCUGGCGGCCAGUGCAAGCGGCCGCUACAAGAGCGUCACUGAGGCCAUGCUAGGAAUGGGUGGCUCUGGCAAAGUACUAGCUCCCCGUGCCAGCGAGCGGCGGUUCCACGACGCCAAGUACGCCGCCUUCCGUGCCCUCCUCGAUUGCCAAUUACGUCUCAGGGAGAUUAUGUCGCCCAGUGGGGGACCAUCAUCCUCGUGUUCUUGAUCUCAGCUCUGUCUUCACAAAUGGAAAACAGCGCUUCGACUCCCUGUCUAGAAAAGCAUAUCGAGGCGGAGUUUUAAGCUGCUCUCCAUCACGAGCAGAGGCAAGAAGAGACGAAGAGACCUGCUGUAAUAUUCGUUCGGACGGCCGAUAUUUCCAUAAUGGGUUUAUCCUGCCUUCAAUUCACAUUCCGAGUUCAAUGUUACCGAUGAAACACAACUGCUAUUGUGACUGUAUGCAGUGUUUGGUGAUUGAUUUUUAGUGUGGAGGUGCCCUUACCGCUUACAAUUUCGGCUCUUACAAAUCCAGCACAUCACUUAUUAGAGAUAAGUUCUGGAACCUGUGCGAGUUGAAUGGCUGCUUCUAUAGGCUUUUGCUCUGACACCGUUACACGCAGCCGUGCCAAAGCAUAAGGAGCAUGUCGCAAUACGCUAUGCAAUACAUUGUUUCAGUAAAGCCUGCUUACUGCUUUUUAGGUAUGAAUAUGCCGUAUGCUCAAGGUCAUAGUUUCAAACGUUUUAGCCGUGAUAUAGUUCAAUGUGUUCGGUACCUUCGCAACAUUAUCGAAAUGGGUAAUACAGGUCCCGGAGAUUAAAAAAAAGCUACAUGCCCAAAGAGAAAGUACCAAAAUUCUGUAUGGUGUUUUCGUUCCUUCUAUGACACCCUGCUGUGAUAAGCUUGCGCCUUCAUGCUCAUCUACGCUAUUGCUUACACAUCUGCAAUAUCAAUGAAAUUGUUAAAGUCAAUAAUUACGACACUUGAGCUGCUAUUACAAGUUCUCACCUUUCUCAAGGCGUGUAUAUGCGAGUUAUUUUCAAAUGGUAGGGUAAUUAGGCCUAUUAUUUGUGAAAACAUUCAUUCUUGUGUAUAGUUCUGAUAUAAUGUUGAGCAGGUAGCGGGAAAUAUGAAAACAAAAUCCAGCAGCAAAGAAAAUAUACGAGCGCUAAUUUGUUCUUCGCUUGCUUCUUUGUAUUUUUUACGCGAAUCUGCUCUAGCAUGCAUCCUUACAGAGUCUUCCUAGAUGAUUCCCACAUAACUCAAACUACUUUCCUCACUUUCUGGUGGUGGUUUUAUGAAGAAUUAAAAUGUCAUCUUCACAUUAGCGCAUAUUGAAUAAGCUUGCCGAUGUGAGAGAAUAAGUGUCUUGCCAUGGGAAUGCGAAAAAAUUUGUGAAUGAAAGUGUGUAUUUUCACCUAUUCCUCGAGAAAUCUCUGUGCUGUGCACCAUGCGUUGGCUGCCAGAAAAGUGACCAGUGCCAAUUAUGUUAGGAUCGACAAGGCUUUGUAAUGGCAUCUUGAAAGACCCUGUUCUCUGCUGCUGCUUUGUUAGCGCAGGCUCCCAAUCAUUGUGAAAAAAUGACGCGAGACUACUCACACUGAUAAAACACGUGCUUCAAUCAUUGAGGUCCCCCCCCCUAGCGUUAAUGAUAACUUUUAUGGUCGGAUGACUGUGAUGUGUGAAGUUUUUAUUGCUUUUUUUUACCUAUUACGUAUCAAUGAGGUAGGUUUUUUAUGGACAUAAGACAGUUACGAUUCUGUUGCUCAAAGCUUUCAUUACUGCUAGAACUUACAUACUUCAUAUUUUCAAUGUGAACAAAAAUACAUGGUGUAAAAUACAUCCCUAAAGACAUAUCAAAUAUGUAGGGUUGUAUGAGCAUCUAAAAAUAUGGUAAUACUGGUAAUAAAUACUACACAGAAGAAAGUUUAACUUGGCUAUUAUAAUCGAUCUGCGCAUAUUCAAAACACUGAAUUUUUUGGCUACUUUUCGAAUAAUCAACUCUGGUCCGAAAAAACCUUCAAAGAAGAACACAGUGGAGCACCGAGGGAGCACUGCUUUGAAAUAUUGUAUUACUAAGGUACGUGCAGCCCAACCUUUUACAGCUGCUAUCGAUGACGUACUAAUUACAGGUAAAGGUGCUUCCAUGUAUUACUUUAGUGUCACCAAGCGAAAUUGUCCUUAAUUUGCUAUGCUCCUCCAGAAAUUCAUGAUCAUGAUCACUGUUUAAUUUUAUGACUCAGAUUCAUUUAAAACUUGGUGUUAAAGUGCCAGCUUCAAUUCUCAAGGCGACAAUUGGGCCAGUUGUUGAUUUAUGAUCAGUGUAUAUAUACUACAUGGUGGAAAAUACGGACAAUUAGAAGACAAGAACAAGCGCAGACUAUCAACUAUAACUGCGGUAUUUCAAUGUACGGUUACAGCAUACCUCGUAGGCCGUCACUGGUUGUACCAGGUAGCCUUAGUUUGCGUAAUUGGGGCAUUUUAUUUUUGGACACUAUUCAUUUGUUAAUGUUUUUUGCUAUCGAUCCAAAUAAAAUAUUAUUGCAUUAUAAAACUCUUUUGAAAAGGAUUGCCUUACCAUAGAAGAGCUAUUCUAACAAUAAUAAAUAUGUAUUCUUAUUUG